AUGACGUCGCUGAACGUGUGGGCCUCCGGGCGAUCACGUGAUCUGCUUGCCGUCGCCCGCGAAAUUGAAGCCAAGGAUCUCUGGCGCGGCUUUCUCACCAUCCAGGAACACCAGGUCGUGCAAAAAGUGCUGGAGAACGACGCCAUGUGGGACAACCUGGUCGAGGGCAAACUGUCGAUAUUUGUCGACAAUCCGUUGCCGGAUCCCCCGCUGGGAUUCAGGCAGGAACAGGAAAACGCCGCCAACAACAAUCUGGAUGGAGCACGUCCCGAAACCCCGACUCCAAGUACACCCGUGGUGAGCACAUCGUCCUCCUCAACGCAUCUGCAUCUGAAGCAUCUGCAGAUGAAUCAGCCGUCGCCGACUCCGUCGAAUGAAGGCUUUCAGAAGACCGUGUCGCUGGACUGUGUCGCGUUGGCCUUCAAGGUGCGGCACAUGAUUUUCGACAAGUCUGUGCCGCUGCUAUACCCCAACAUCAAGGGAGGGGACCUGGAGGUGGACAUUGAAGACAUCCUGGCAGAACGCAAAAAGGAAGAGACUCCUGCCCAGAUCAAGGCUGCUCCUGUACGAGAGGAGGAAGAUGACUACGAUUUUGAUGACGAAGAUGAGGGUCCCAAAACAGACGGAAACAACAACAAGGACCAGCAUACGGACGGUAGCAGUGUAGCACUAGUGGACUCGGUAUCGGUCGAAGACCGACCAGCGACCUCCGACGAUAUCCAAAAACGAGACUCGGCUCUGUUGGCCCGGAUAUGGCAACGGUACCAUCUGUUUGAAAAUGACAGCGAGGCCAUGGACUCGUAUCUGGCCGAGGAGGGAAGCCAGGAGUCGGAGAACACAGGGGAAACAAACACACAGGAGGAGCCGACCAAGGCGAAUUUUGGAGCCGCAAAUCUGUCUCUAAAGAACCUCUUGGCCACAAUUGAGUCCAAGCGAGACAAGUUGUCUCUCACAGACACCCAGCUGCGUAAGCUGAUUCUGGACGUGCGCAAAAACCGAUCCAAGUGGGCCAACGAAGAACGUGUAGGCCAGGAGGAUCUUUAUGAAGCUGCAGAGAAGGUGGUUCUCGAGCUACGAGGCUACACAGAGCACUCAACUGCAUUUCUCAACAAGGUCAACAAGCGGGACGCGCCCAACUACUUCAGUGUCAUCAAGGAGCCCAUGGAUCUCAACACGGUCAUGAAGAAGCUCAAGAACCUCCAAUACGACAGCAAGAAGGACUUUGUCAACGACCUAAUGCUCAUCUGGCAAAACUGCUUGACCUACAACACUAAUCCCAAGCACUUUUUGCGAGCCCAUGCUAUUGCCAUGCAGAAGAAGACGUUGACGCUCAUUCCUCUCAUCCCCGACAUCACCAUCAAGACACGGGCCGAGGCAGACGCAGAGGAGGCCGCGCAGGCUCAGGAGGCCAAGGAAGAGGAGGAAAAAGAGCAGGGAGGUGCCAAGGCUCGAACAGGAAUGUCUAUUGGCAAAACUGUUGGGAAGGGCCAGAAAGGAGGAAAAGGCCAGAAGGGAGGCCGAAAGCGGAAGAUUGAGGAGGUGGAUGAGGAUGCUAAAGACGCCGACGACUCUGACAUCAAGGUUGAAGAUGUGUCUAUGGACGUCGAUGUUGAUGGUAACAACAAGACUUCGGAUGAUAUUAAGCCGGAUACCAACAACAACGAUAUCAAGACCGAGACCAAGGAAGCCACCGAAGAGCCCGAGUCGGCGAACGUGUCUGCCUUGGUCCCCGCUGGCCAUACUGGUGCCAAGGAACUGACUGCUUCUGCUGAGAAUAAUGAUUAUGGGGUUGGUGGUGAUUCCGAUGACGAUUCGGACAAUGAUCUCGAGGAGCAGUUCUGGACUGAGUACACUGGCCGCAAACGGACGCUCAUUUCCGUGCAGCGGUCGCGGCUGUUUAAGGACAACAAGAUACAGGCAGACGCAGACGCUACUGUCAUUUCCAAAUCAAAGGGGUUCCGUGACUUCCUUUCAGCCGAAGCAGCAGUGCGAGGAGUCGGUCCCCACAUGGAGUUUGAGGAAUUCCAGGAGGACUUGCUGGAGGAGGCAGCAGAGGUGAAUGAUAGUACACAGCCCAAGGCUGAUGCUCCAUUAAACAUUCCCCGACGGCCGUUUUUACUUGAGUACGACCCCCAGGCCGGCCUUCCUGAGCUCCCCUGGGCCAUUUCAUGCGACAACCCCGACGAAGGAAUUGACGACACUUGGAGCCAUGUUGAUAUUGAGUGCCUCAAGAACACUCCUUCUCGAUACGUUGCCCCUGCGAAGGGUCUAGUCAGCAAGAUUGACCACAACUUGAACGAGAUGCAAAAGAUUCGAAAGAUUUGCUCCAAAAUUUCUAUCAUCCGACAAAUGCAGCAGCAGUAUCUGCAUUCGUCGCAGAUAAAGGCCUACAAUCCGCCUAAGAUCACCGAUUUUGAUGUGGAUAUCGAGUCUCGUCUUCCUAAUAGAGAUGAGUACGAUAAAGAGGUGUGUGAGGCUUCUCUGAAACGAGCGGCUUCUCGAAUUGCUAUGCACUCUGGUUUUGAGUCGACCGAGUCGUUUGCCAUCAACGCACUCACAGAGAUUGCGGGCGACUUUCUAUCCAACCUGGGACGUUCAAUGGUGGCCUACACUCAGCAUUUCAAGAACACAAACACCAGCAAGGAGACGAUUCUGAAGGAGACUCUGGAGGAAUCGGGCGCGGGGUCUAUCGAGGGGCUGUCUGCGUACAUCCGAGAUGACGUUGAGCGUCACGGCCAUAAGUUGGUGGAUCUCAAGAACAACCUGGGGUCUUUCUUGGGCGAUCUGCUGCGACCUGGAGGUGGUCAGGGAGAGAUGACAGACCAGCAGUUCAAGGACAACUCCGAGCAAUUUGUUAAUGGAGACUUUUCCGAGGCGAUUGGCGACGAUUUCUUUGGUUUCAAGGAACUCGGUCUCGAUAAGGAGCUCGGUCUUCUUACUUCCACCGUUCCUCUGCAUCUUCUGCAGGGCAGACUCAACGGAGCUUUCAAUAGAGACAAUGUGGAAAGUGUGGGUACUGUGGAGGAGCUGGAGGCCCCCGAAUACGAUCCUAUCGACCGAGAAUCUGCUGACUCUCAGAUUGGUCUGAUUCGCCCCUUCCUUCAUGGCAAGCUUGAAGUUGCCGACGUCAUUCCUGAGGGCGAACAGGUGCCUGUCAAGCAGCGAAAUGUGCGAUCCAAGCUGCCGCCUAGUGGAAAGAUCCCUGGUCCCAAGAAGCGGCCCGCCAGCAAAAUGUUCUGGCGAAAGCCCAGUGAUAACGAAGUGUUUGCCUAG